AUGGAGGAUGUUGUUUCUUGUCCGUGUGCUCUAGGCCUUGCAACACCAACCGCGAUUCUAGUUGGCACCUCUCUUGGAGCAAAACAAGGACUUCUUAUUAGAGGAGGAGAUGUAUUGGAACGCUUGGCAGGGAUAGAUUACAUCACUUUGGAUAAAACUGGAACUCUCACUGAAGGAAAACCUGCUGUUUCAGCUCUUGCAUCUCUGGGUCAUGAAGAAUCAGAAAUACUUCGAAUUGCUGCUGCAGUAGAAAAAACAGCUUCACAUCCAAUUGCGAAGGCCAUUAUAACUAAAGCUGAAUCAUUGAAUUUGAGCAUCCCCAUCACAAAUAGACAGUUGACUGAACCAGGUUCUGGAACCUUGGCAGAGGUAGAUGGGCUGCUAGUAGCAGUAGGCAAAUUGAACUGGGUUUGUGAACGUUUCCAGCGAAGAACAAGCUCUUUCGAUCUAAAGAGAUUGGAGCAGUCUGUGAUAUCUCAGUCAUCAGCAACUAGUUCAUCAUCAAACCAUUCAAGUACAGUUGUUUAUGUUGGCCGGGAAGGAGAAGGCAUCAUUGGUGCGAUUGCGAUAUCCGAUAAUUUGCGUCCUGAUGCUAAAUCUACAAUAACUAGGCUUCAGCAGAAGGGAAUUAAAACAGUCCUCUUAUCUGGGGACAGGGAAGAGGCAGUUGCAACUGUAGCAAAGACAGUCGGCAUCGACAAUGAAUUUGUCAAUGCUUCCUUAAUGCCACAGCAAAAAUCUGGCAUCAUCUCAAGUCUUCAGGAGUCUGGCCAUCAUGUUGCAAUGGUUGGUGAUGGCAUCAAUGAUGCACCUUCUCUUGCCCUUGCUGACGUUGGCAUUGCCUUGCGAAUUGAAGGACAAGAAAAUGCGGCAUCUAAUGCAGCAUCCAUUAUACUUCUCGGAAAUAGACUUUCACAGGUAGUAGAGGCAAUAGACCUUGCAAGGGCAACAAUGGGAAAAGUUCGUCAAAAUUUGACUUGGGCAGUAGCAUAUAAUGUUGUUGCAAUUCCUAUGGCAGCUGGAAUACUACUUCCUCAUUUUGAUUUUGCUAUGACACCUUCUCUUUCCGGGGGGAUGAUGGCUUUGAGCUCAAUUUUUGUUGUCAGUAAUUCACUGCUUCUGCAGUUCCAUGGGCAUCAGAGAAAGAGAGAAAAGAGCAAUGCCGACAAUCGAUACCAGCAAAAUGAAGCAACAUUGCUGUGA